AGAGGGGCAGCUCAGAAGGCUGUUGUUACAGAAGCACAAUGAUGGAAAGGCCGGAGUCCGUAGCGAGUGGCUGUUCAGGGGAGAUGCCUUUUUGCUGUAAACCAGUUGAAGCCCUGGAAAGUGUAAGUCAUGACAGGGCAUCAUCACCUGCACCCAGCAUAUUAUCUACAGCGAGUAACCACUCACAUGAAGAGCCUCUUAAUUUCAACAAGCUCCACCUGAAGAAAAUGAUCAUGGAUGUGCAGGAAAAGAACCUGGACAUGAGGGAAAAGAACCUGGCAGAAAAGCUGGAUUGGAGGGAAAAGAAUUUGGCCAAGAAUCUGGACAUGAGUGAAAAGAACCUAGACCUGAGGGAAAGGAACCUGGCUCUGAGGGAAAAGAAUCUGGCAGAUAAACUAGAUCUGAUAGAAAAGAACAUGGAUCUUAGAGAACAGAACCUGGACCUGAGGGAAAAGAAGCUGGUAGAAAAGCUGGACCUGAGGGAAAAGAACAUGGAUCUUAGAGAACAGAACCUGGACCUGAGGGAAAAGAAGCUGGUAGAAAAGCUGGACCAAUGGGAAACGGACAUGAACCUGAGGGAAAAGAACCUGGUCGAGAAGAUGAACCUGAGGGAAAAGGACCUGAACUUGAGGGAAAAGGACCUGGACAUGAGGAAACAGAACCUGGCUGAGAAGAUGAACCUGAAGGAAAAGGACCUGAACCUGAAGGAAAAGAAGCUGGUAGAAAAGCUGGACCAAUGGGAAAAGAACAUGGAUCUUCGAGAACAGAACCUGGACCUGAGGGAAAAGAAGCUGGGAGAAAACCUGGACCAAUGGGAAAUGAACAUGAACCUGAGGGAAAAGAACCUGGUCGAGAAGAUGAACCUGAGGGAAAAGGACCUGGUCGAGAAGAUGAACCUGAGGGAAAAGAACCUGGUCGAGAAGAUGAACCUGAGGGAACAGAACCUGGACCUGAGGGAAAAAACCAUGACCAACCUGCAGAAAGCAACCACUGAUUUGAUGGUGACCAAUGAACAGAGCCCCCCAGAAUACAGCUUGAGAGAGAAGACACCUACAGAAGGGACGAAUAUCUACACGAAGAGCUAUUACGAUGUUGAUAGUGACUUCGACUUAUAUGAAUAUGUAGUAUCCAAAGAACUGAGCCUCUGAAAGGACAGCAGGUUUGAUGUUUAUAGGUUUGGGCUGGACGGUAAACACAAUACAAAGUUGUAAAGCACUGAUACGUAAUUAUACAUACAGUUUACAAUAUCCUCACUGAGUUUCUCUGCCCAUUCGUAAUAGAAAGUCUGUUUUAUGAGGAAAUUAUGGACAUAAAAGCUGACACACAGAUGAUCUCACCGGGCGCUGUGCGUGAUCAUAUUAUUCUUCUUCAUAUUAUCAUUGUUUUUAUAGGUCUUUUCAUUCUGCAUGCAGAAUAAACAACAGAAAUCAAUGUUCUUUUUAUAACAGUGAUCAUUUUAGUUAUCAGUUUUGUUAGUG